UACUCUUUACGAAAGAGAGAAACGAAGAACGAGAACAAGAAGAGUAAGAUUCAGUAGGAGAGCGAUCAUGGCGACGAGAGCUGCAAACGUACCUGAACAAGUCAGAGGUGCUCCUCUCGUUGACGGUUUGAAGAUUCAGAACAAAAACGGCGCUGCGAAGAAUCGGCGUGCUCUUGGUGACAUCGGAAAUCUUGUAUCUGUUCCCGGAGUUCAAGGUGGAAAGGCUCAACCUCCGAUUAACCGACCCAUUACUCGAAGUUUCCGUGCUCAGCUAUUAGCCAAUGCCCAACUCGAAAGAAAGCCAAUUAAUGGAGACAACAAGGUUCCAGCGCUUGGCCCGAAGAGACAACCUCUUGCUGCAAGAAACCCAGAUGCGCCAAGGGCGGUCCAGAAGAAGAACUUAGUGGUCAAGCAACAGACCAAACCUGCUGAAGUGAUCGAGACAAAGAAGGAGGCAACUAGAAAGGAAGCAGCAGUGUCACCGAAGAACAAGAAAGUGACGUACUCGUCUGUUCUUAGUGCUCGGAGCAAAGCUGCGUGUGGCAUAGUCAACAAACCAAAGAUUCUUGACAUUGAUGAAUCUGACAAGGAUAACCAUCUGGCUGCAGUGGAGUAUGUUGAUGAUAUGUACUCGUUCUAUAAAGAAGUCGAGAAGGAGAGCCAGCCUAAGAUGUACAUGCACAUUCAAACUGAGAUGAACGAGAAGAUGAGAGCGAUCUUGAUUGAUUGGUUACUAGAAGUUCACAUCAAGUUUGAGCUUAACCUUGAAACCCUCUACCUCACUGUCAACCUCAUUGAUCGAUUCCUCUCUGUCAAAGCUGUCCCCAAAAGAGAGUUACAGCUUGUAGGUAUCAGUGCCUUGCUUAUCGCUUCCAAAUAUGAAGAAAUCUGGCCACCUCAGGUUAACGAUCUGGUGUAUGUCACGGACAAUGCUUACAGUAGCAAACAGAUCCUAGUGAUGGAGAAGACUAUACUUGGAAACCUUGAAUGGUAUUUGACAGUCCCGACUCAAUACGUUUUCCUUGUCCGCUUCAUCAAAGCUUCGAUGUCUGAUCCAGAAAUGGAGAAUAUGGUACACUUUCUCGCUGAGCUGGGAAUGAUGCAUUACGACACCUUGAUGUUCUGCCCCUCCAUGCUUGCUGCUUCAGCUGUUUACACAGCAAGAUGCUCACUGAACAAGUCCCCUGCUUGGACUGAGACAUUGCAGUUCCACACCGGCUACACAGAAUCUGAGAUCAUGGACUGCUCAAAGCUUCUAGCUUUUCUACACUCGAGAUGCGGUGAGAGCAGGCUGCGUGCAGUGUACAAGAAGUACUCCAAGGCUGAGAAUGGAGGUGUUGCUAUGGUUUCAGCAGCCAAGUCUCUCUUGAGCGCUACUGAUAUGAAGAAGCCUGUUUCUUCCUAGUGAUUUUAGAUGGGAAGAAUAUUGUUUUCUUUCGUCAGAUCUCUCUCUGAUUCAAAAUCUCUGGUUUCGACUUUGUUGAAAUAUACUCUUGUUAUGAUUGUGAGUUCAAAACGUAUUAAUGAAUUCUUUUUUCAGUGUUUUCAUCAAA